AUGCCGUCUAGCAAGAGAAAGAAUCGUGAAUCGCAGUCGCCACCCACAUCUAAUACUCGCCAACGAUUCAGUACAAGGGUGGCCAGCAGACGAGCAGAAGAGAUUGAAAAGGAAGGACAAGACGCCAUACGGUCCGAUAGUGUAGAACGCGCGGUACGGAAACUGAAAGAGAUGGAAGAUCAGCUGCAGAAUAUAGUGAGGAAGGAACGGAGAGCCGUCGAGACGUCGAGACUCGAUGACAAGCUGGCCGACGGAAAAACCAGGAUCGACAAUGCUAAGUUGCCGCGCACAAGUAUCCCCAUCAACCAUGUCAUCAACGGCAAGCCGGGGGAUCACGGCAGCUCCAGUGACCUCGAUACCGGAGAGGAUGACUCUGUUCCCUGGACUUCCGAUGCAGCAAAGGAUCAAGAAGAAGUGGAGAGGGGAGCGAGGAGAGCACCACCGGUAAACAGUGAGCGGCUACCAUUGCCCUGGACAGGCCGACUGGGAUAUGCCUGUCUCAACACAUACCUGAGAGCUUCCAACCCUCCGGUAUUCUCGUCCAGGACGUGCCGGAUCAGUUCCAUCAUAGACCACCGAUAUCCCCUCGAGAAGCCGGACCAGCCCGAACACGCAGUCAAGAACCGGCCCGACAAGACUAAGAAGGCUGAUGAGAGGCUCGGCGUGGAAUAUGUGCGGGAGAUCGGGCUGGCCAACGCCCGCGACGUCAAGAAGGUUCUCCGAUGGAACGACAGAUUCGGCAUCAAGUUCAUGAGGCUGAGCAGCGACAUGUUCCCCUUUGCUAGCCACCGGGACUACGGCUACGAGCUUGCGCCGUUUGCAGCGUCGACAUUGGCCGAAAUAGGACAGGUAGCAGCCGAGCUGGGACACCGGCUCACCGUACAUCCGGGCCAGUAUACCCAGCUGGGCAGUCCACGAAAGGAGGUUGUGACUGCGGCGGUGCGCGACCUUGAAUACCACGACGAGAUGCUCUCCCUUCUACGUCUGCCAGAACAGGCUGACCGCGAUGCCGUCAUGAUAUUGCACCUAGGGGGGACGUUUGGCGACAAGGCAGCCACGAUGGACCGAUUCCGCGACAACUUCAGAUCUUUGCUAUCGGAGGCCAUCAAGAGGCGGUUGGUCCUAGAGAACGACGACGUCUCGUGGACAGUGCACGAUCUGCUCCCGCUUUGCGAGGAGCUGAAUAUCCCCCUCGUACUCGACUUUCACCACCAUAACAUCCUGUUCGACCAGGACAAGAUCCGUGAGGGAACCCGCGACAUCAUAGACCUGUAUGACCGCAUUGCCGCCACGUGGACGCGCAAAGGUAUACGGCAGAAGAUGCACUAUAGCGAGCAGACGGCAUCAGCAAUUACACCGCGUGAACGGCGGAAGCAUUCGGCUCGCGUACGGACCCUACCUCCUUGCCCCGACGGCAUGGACCUCAUGAUCGAGGCAAAGGACAAGGAGCAGGCGGUGUUUGAGCUGAUGCGCACGUUCAAACUUCCAGGAUAUGACCUGUUCAAUGACAUUAUACCGUAUGAGAGGGACGAUGAGUCUCCUACUAGUUCCAGGAGCAAGAAUAAAAACACGAAGAAGAAUGCGGCAGAUCACUCCUUCCUGAGCUGGUUCAAGGGCCUCCCCGGAGCCUCAUUCUCUGAUGACAUAAGCAUUAUCGACCUGCGCUCGCGAGGUGCUGGGCGCGGGAUAGUGGCAACCCGAGACAUCUCACCAGACACAACGCUCUUCACCAUCCCGAGAAAAGGAAUAAUAGACGUAGAGACGUCAGACAUAGCCAAGAGGCUUCCCGACCUGUUCAGGGCGAAUCUUUCGGCCCGGGAAGGCACGCGGGAGGACGGCAAUGCUGCGGACGACUCUCCCAAGCAGGACAGCUGGAGCGGGCUCAUCCUCAUCCUGAUCUAUGAAUUCCUCCGCGGCCAGGACUCCCCCUGGAAGCCGUACUUUGACAUCCUACCCCAGACGUUUGAGACGCCCAUGUUCUGGACGGAUGAGGAGCUGGACGAGCUGCAGGCCAGCCCGACGCGGGGCAAGGUUGGUAGGGAGAAUGCCGAGGCCAUGUUCCGCGCCUCGAUUCUGCCCGUCAUCCGCCAGAAUCCAGAGUUGUUCGCCUCGAGCGAAGUGGCGAGCGACGACCAGCUGAUCGGCCUGGCGCACAGGAUGGGAAGCACAAUCAUGGCAUACGCGUUUGACUUGGAGAAUGAAGAUGAGCAGGAGGAGAAUCCCGACGAGGAGUGGGUCGAGGACCGCCAGGCAAAGUCUGUCAUGGGAAUGGUGCCCAUGGCUGACAUUCUAAAUGCCGAUGCUGAAUUCAAUGCCCACGUCAACCACGGCGACGAGAGCCUUAGCGUCGUAUCCCUGAGACCGAUCAAGGCCGGCGACGAGAUCCUCAACUACUACGGCCCCCAUCCCAACUCCGAACUUCUCCGCCGAUACGGCUACGUCACAGACAAGCACGCACGCCACGAUGUCGUCGAGCUCCCCUGGAGUGACGUCGAGAGAGCCAUGGCGUCUGAGCUGGGAGUCUCGACAGACAAACUCAGCGGGAUCCGCAAGGGUCUCGACGAUGAGGAGUUCGAAGAUACGUUUGUCCUCGAGCGAGAGGCCGGGGACAUCGGUCCCGACGGCAUGUUCGAGGGUCCGCCCGGUGGUGUCUUGGUGCCCGAGGAGCUGACGGAGCAGCUCAAGUUUUUUGUUAAGGCUGUCAAGAAGCUGGACCCCGAGGCCGUUCCCGAGAAGAGAAAGCGUCGCGAGAUCAUGGAGUCUAUACUUGCCAGGGCUGUGGUGGCCCUGGAAGCGAGGUACCCUACUUCCGUGGAGGAGGAUGAGCGUCUGCUGAGCCAGGGCGGUCUAUCUGAGCGUCAUCGUAUGGCUGUUGUUGUCAGGUUGGGCGAGAAGAGGCUGCUUCGGGAGACGAAGGCUCAGCUUGCGCAGAGUGCCGAGCAGGAAACCGAAGGUAGUUCUGGCAAGAAGGCUAAGAGGUCAUGA